CGAGCAGCGGCGGUGGGGGAGCGGCAGGGUCGGUUGCGGCGGUUUGGGUGGCACCCGAGGCCAUUGAACAGAACAGGGUGGCACUGAGGCUGUGUAACGGGUGACGCGGUGGAUUGGGUUGAUAAUGCAUGAAUUAUAGUAUUGCAAGAUUUUGUGACCGGUGUAACGACGAAAAUAGGCAAGGCGAUGCUGGCCGGCGGCUGUCUGCGCCUGCUGUGGCCGGCGGCGGCCGCGCGGCGCCCGACGGCGGCGGCCUGCGGCCCGGCGCGGCGGCUGGCCGGCCUCCUCGACUGCCGGCGGCUGACGGCGCCGCCGGCCGGACCUGUGCCCGAGCCGUCGCGGCUCCUCGGACUGACGCCGCUGCGCUGGGGCCGGCGCGACUGCAGCGGCCCGGAGCGACGCCGCUGGCUCGUGCGCGACGUGCGACUGACGGUGGCGCACGAGAACAUCUACACCGUGCCAAACGUGCUGUGCGUGACGCGCAUGGCCCUGACGCCGGUCAUCGGCUGGCUGGUGACAUGCCAGCUGUACCCGGCCGCGCUGGUCUGCUUCGCCGCGGCCGGCGCCACCGACCUGCUGGACGGUUGGAUCGCCCGGCGCUUCCCCAGCCAGGCGUCCCAUCUGGGCAGCUUCCUGGACCCGCUGGCCGACAAGCUGUUGGUGUCCACGCUGUUCCUGUCGCUGACCUACACGGAGCUGAUCCCGCUGGGGCUGACGCUGCUGAUCGUGGCGCGCGAUCUCGGCCUCAUCGCCGCCGCCUCCUGGGUGCGCUACAAGUCCGUGCCGCCGCCGGUAACGCUGUCGCGGUAUUUUGACCCGACGUUCGCCACGGCCCAGUUGGAGCCGACGCUCAUCAGCAAGGUGAACACGUGCCUGCAGAUCUCGCUGGUGGCCUCCACGCUGGCAGCGCCCGUGUUCGGCUUCGUCGAUCACACCGCGCUUCGACUGAUGUGGUGCGUGACGGCCGGCACCACAGUGGCGUCCGGCAUGGUGUACGCCCUGCUGAAGAGCACCACCUACAAAAUGAUGGCACGCGAUGAGCGAUCCUAGUGGGCCGGCGACCAGACUCCAGCGCCGCACAGCGGCGGAUUUUGAAACCUGUACCUCAGCAGCUGGCCGGCAGGGCGUGCAGUCCCGCAUACUGCCGGGUGCUAUGCGCGCAUUGCACGUCGCAUGACGACGCAGUACAUCGAUUUGUAGUCUUUGUCCUGGCGGACGCCCAAAUCUAGUGAACUUGUGAUUUUUACCCAGUGUACUGGAGGAAUACAUAUUUUGUAUCAUC